CGGCGGGAGCGCGCACGCCGUCCGCUCGCUCGGGCUGAGGCUGACCCUGUCCGGCUCGGGGCGGCUGGCGAGGGGAAUCCCCGCCGCUCCGCCCGCCUCGGCCCCAGCGCCGCCGCGCCGCUUCCCGAAGCCUGAGAGGCCGCGGAUGGAGGCCCCGGAAGCAGGCCGCGCGGCCCCGCCCCGGCGCCCCCCGCUGCCAGGGAGACGGGCCCGUGCAGGGGGCGAGGCCGGAUAUGCGCGCCCCGCCCCUCCGCUUCGGAAGGAGGCGCCGCACGCCCUGGCUGAGCCCGUUCGGCGAUGCGGGGCCAGGGAGGCCGUCGCGGCCUGGCGGAGGCGGCCCCGCUGCUGGCGCUGCUGCUGCUGCUGGCCGCCCUGGAGGGCGCCUCCAGCCAUCCAGUGCAGCGUCCGGUGGUCGGGGACCUGGGAGGGUCGGUCUCGCUGCAGGUUUCGGUACCGCCAGGCACAGAAGUGGCCAGAAUCGAGUGGGAUUUCCAGCCCGGCAGCGGCCAAGCCCUGGUGAUUGCGGAAUUCACACCUGGGCAAUGGGAGCGGCCCAAUCCCGAAGACCGAUUUGGGCCGCGGCUGGAAAAGGCUGACGAGACCACGCUGAGGAUCCAGGCCCUGGCGAAGGAGGACAGCGGCGUCUAUACGGCUCACGUGAGAUACAGAACCGCCGAGGUGCAAGAGCACGUCUUUCUCCUCCAGGUUUCGGAUGAAAGUGGACCUGGAGGGACCUGGAUGCUUCACCUCCUUUGGCUGUUUGCCAUCCCGAUGCCAUGCUUUGUGAUUUGCAUCUGGAAGCGCUGUAAGAAAUUUGAAAAGUAUGGAAUGAAAGUUUUCGAGAAAGUUAAAAAGUCAAAAAAUGGCGAUGUUUGUCCUCAGCCCACUCAGAUGGAGACUUUGUCAGGGCAAGAAAGCAACCUGGGGAAUCCCCCCCAAUCUCACUCCCUGUGAAACGAAGUAACUGCCAAGACUGGAUGGGAAUGGAGGAGCAGCGGACUAGAAGUCAAGCCCCCAAGGGAAAGGGGCAGAAGAACGCUGGGGGGAAACCUCAAGCCCAGGUCAAAAUGCCUGGACAUAAGCGGUCUGUUAAGUGGAUGCCCCUCUCUCAACUUGAAGCAUCUUCCAAUGUAACAAGAAGGAACAAAGGAAACAGAACAAAAGCAAUAAACCAUCAGAAAUAAAAACAGCUUUAAACUCAAAUAGAACCUGCCAGUAAAACCGCAUCAGUCAGUCCUAACUGAUUGUGAACAGCCGUGAAGAAACCUGGCAGCCAAUCAGUCGAAGGCCGGAUCAAAAAGGCAUAUUUUUGCCUGGUGCUGAAAAUUAGCCAGGCCCAACACCUGGCAAACCUUUGAAGGGAGGGAGUUUUCGUAAAAGUGGCACCACUGCAGAGAAGGCCCUGGCCCGAGUGUCUCACCGCCUGAGCCAGUUCCUAGGAAUGCCAUUUCCUCCUCCAUUCCUGCCUUGAGGGGGCUGGCCGGAAGUUCUUAAAUGCCUUGCCAAGUAUUCGGGGGGGGGGGGUGGCCCUUGAAGGACCAGGUCCCCAGGGAAUUGGGGCUUUGAAGGGGGCUCUCAGCAUAUUGAAGAGGCCCAGGAGCAAAUCAGCAGCCAGUGGAGCUCUUUGAAGACGGAGAUGAUCUCUGUGGCCGGCACCAGACCUCAGGUGAGGUGCUGCACGGGGGCCCAGUGGCUGCUUCAAGGGCAGCCCCAGGCACGGGGCACUGCAAGAGUCCAGCCUGCAACUGGCUGGCGGCCAAGGCUGGCGAAAGCACUAUGGGCCACACCCUUGAUGUUUAAAGGCUGAUGCGCAACUGCCAACCUGCUCCAGUGGGAUUGCGGCCCCGUCCAGAACAGGCAGACUCCAUAAGCCUCCAUUCUGUUGCCCACCAACAGUGCCUUGGCCACGUCUGGAUUGAGUUUCAGUUUAUUGGUCCUCAUCCAGCCCUUAGUGCCUCACUCAACUCAGAUGAAAAGGAGCAAGGGAGUGAGGCAGCACUCCAGGGUCCUGGACCUUCUCUUCCUCUGGGUGUAAAUAGCACGGGAGAGAUGGAUUCGGUUUCGUUUUCCCGGCCAUGUCGGACGUUCCUCUCCGCAGGCUCAGGGGGAACUGUCUGAGCAGGCUGACUGGGCGGUUGACCCGCGAGGGUUAACCUCCAGGGCUCCCAGGGAGGGAGCCUGGAUCCGGGGCGCUGCAGGAAGAACCCCCUGGAAGUAAUGCAGGGGGCAAAUUGCCCGUUUGCCCCAACGGAGGCCGGCAGUCUUGCGCAGCACCAUGUGUGCGGCCGGGCCAUGGAGAACGGCAAUAAGCAGAUUUAAGGUGAAGACCUGUAAGUAAGCGAAUCCCUUCUGAUUUUUGAGCGUAUGCGAAGGAUUGGUGGAAAUUGAAGCUAAAAGGCGCAGACUUCUUCCCCUGCACCGAGUUUCGGAACUAAGUUGGCGCCCCCUCCCCGUCCCCUAAGAUGGCGACGAGAAAGCAGAGCCCAGCAAUGAGUAAAUCGGUGACGGCAACGCUUCAAGGGAAGGGGGAAACGCUGGAAGAGCUGGUGAGACGAGCAGUUUUCGAUGCUGUGCAGCCUUUUGUAGCGAAACUGAAUGAAAUGGGGCAAAAGGUUGAUUCUGUGGAGAGUGAGGUGAAAGCCAUUAAAGAAACAGCGACCGGAGCAGAGCAGUCUGCACACGAGAACGCAGUACUCAUGAAAGCAACAAGUAAGGAAGUGAAGCUUUUGGAGAAUCAAAUAAUAGGAUUACAAGUGGACUGUGCCCAAACGGUAUUGCGUCUUCAAAAUGUAAAAGAAGAGCAAAGUGAAAAUUUAAAAGAUUUGGUGUCUGGACUUUUGGCGCCAUUUGCAAAGGCAACUAAAGAAGAGAUUAAAAACGACAUCUUGGAAGUCCGGCGGACAUCUUCAAAGUAUGCAAUGAAGCGGCAGCUGCCUCGUGAGAUUAUUAUUGAUUUUUCAUCUAAGAAGACUCGGGACACCAUCUUAUAUAAUUCGUAUAAUGUGGACUUGGACUAUUUGGGCAAUAAGGUUAAAAUAUUGAAGGACGUUCCAUUUUUGGCUCGUAAGAGGAGAUUCAAGUACAAGGGACUUGCGGCUUCCUUGAGGAAAUGCGAUAUAAAAUAUAAAUGGCUGUUUCCAGAAGGCGUCUGGUUCAGAUAUAAGGAUCAAACCUACAAGAUUACAUCGGAAGCGCAGCUGACAGAGUUUUUGUUCAACCAUCAGGAGUUUCUGCAGGAAGAAAGUUCGAAGUCUGAAAGGGAAAGUGGGGGGGAGGAGAGAGCGGGCGCAGCUGCUCCAGCUGCGCAGAGAGAAUUGAGACCGAGACGCAAAGGGGGGGGGGGAAGAGGUGCUGAUCCUGAUUAUAAUUUGUAUUGUAUAAGACCUACCAAUCUGAUAGCAUAUUAGAAAGUUAACUCUUAAGGAAAAUUGCAGUAUGAAGGGAAUACAAGACAUGUAGAGUAGUGUCUGUUGUUUGUAUGUUGAUUUUCCCUUUUCCCAGUUUUCCCUUCCCCCUUUUUUUCCCCUUCCCCUUUAUACUUUUGUAGUUUUCUGUAGUUUUUUAUGUUAGAUAUUGAAAAAAUAAAAAAACUUUAUAUAUAUAAAAAAAAAAUAGCACGGGAGAGAUGGAAGCUGUGGAACCUCAAAGCUGCCUUGGGGCAGAGCAGUUCUCUCCCAGGCCCUGCAGGAUAUGACGAGAGGGCUGUGCCUGCAGCCCCUGUUCCCAGCCAGGCGCACCAGAAGGACACCGGAGCCAGAAGAGCCAAAGCAAAGCCCUGCUGGGUCAGGCCAGCGGUCUUUUUGGCGCACACUGGCCAACCAAUGGUUCUGGCAAGCCAGCAAGCAGAGCCAAGACGCUGAGGCCUUCCUCGGACGCUGCCUCCGAGCAGUGGGGUUCCGAGGCCUGCUGCCCCUGGACAUGGAGGUUCCCUUCCAUCACCCCUCCAGGGGUCUGUCUCCGCGCCUUUGAGGCCUGUGGUCUUGAAGGCUGCUGAGCGGUCCAGGAGUGCCAGCAGGGCCUCGUUCCCUGUCCGCCAGGGAGGCAAGACCCCCCGGUGACCAGAGAGGUGGGGGCAGAAUGUUUCCCAUUUCUAAAUAUUGUAUCAUAAAAUUAGUAACAAUGAAUGGACUCGCUCAACCAAAGGUCGCACUGCUGAGCUUCUUUCUGUUCCUUGAAAUCUUCUGCUUCUGGAGAAUCAGUGACAAUCACAAUCAGUGGAGAAAGUGGGCUGCUUUCAGCUGCCACCCUUCCCUUGCCCAUUGGCUCGUGGGCAAAAGCAUCCCUCAGCAAACGAGGAACUGGGCUCAUCUGAGGAGGCCGUCGAGACUUCUGGAGCAGGGCUUGGGUGUCCUCCUUGGAGAGUCUUCUGAGGUCCCCCUCUCCAGGGAGAAGAGGACGAAACUGCUGGCUUUGAAAGCAGCAGUGCUGGUGUGGGGUGGAGGCUCAGUGGGAGGGAGAUGGGCUAUGUCUGUUUAAUUUAAAUCUAUUGCCCUUCAGAGCUAUGGUGCCUCUGAACAUGCAGCGGGGCACGCUCCUGCUCCAGCCUCCUUGGCAAGCCCUGUUACCGAGACUCGCCUCUCAUCCCCGCUAGGGGCGUGCCAGAGUGUGCCUGUGCUGCUGUGGAAGCCAUGGGAGUCUCGAACACACUUUCUAAAUUAUGUUAUAGGAUUACUUACUUACUCAUUUAUCCACUGUCCUGUUUCAUUUGUAACAAUGCUCUCCUGAACAAUUCAGUUUUACAAUCUGCGGGAUAAGCAAAGCACAGGAGCCUUCUUUCUCGCAUUGAAAUAAACUUUUAC